AUGCUGCACAUCAAAGUGGGACACUCAAACCCAUCUGACUAUAAUUCACUGGUGUAAACAGGCGCACAGUUGUCUUCUGAAUUGAAAUUCCACAUUUUGUUUGUUUGUUGUUUCAAAAGUGGGAUAUUUUCUGUGAGUGGGCAUGAAGCCAGCAGUGGCUCUGCUGGGCCUCGUCCUCCUGCUGGACACCACCUUUGCUGCCGAAGAGUCCUGUGUGGGUCGCUGUGGCGCCUUCGACCCGCAGACGAAAUGUCAGUGUGACUCCAUGUGUGUGUACUAUGGAAGCUGCUGUGGCGACUUUGACACCAUCUGCCCUAAGAAAAUUGCUCGUGGCGACACCUUCGAGGAAACAGAUGAAGUGACUGAAGCAGUGACGACUGUUACUGUUACAGAGAGCACGCCAACAACUCUCCCACCAACUUUCAACACAGUUGCAGUGACCACCGCUGCCUCUCCCCCACCCACCACCACCCAAGGGCCCACACCAGCUGUCCACCCUGACGCAGCGGCCUGCAGCGGUCGACCUUUUGAUGCUUUUCUGCAGCUCAAGAAUGGGUCCAUAUAUGCAUUUAGAGGUGAAUAUUUCUUUGAGUUGGAUGACAAGUCCGUAGUUCCUGGUUACCCAAAACUCAUCCAGGAUGUGUGGGGGAUCUCUGGACCCAUAGAUGCUGCAUUCACACGCAUCAACUGCCAGGGAAAAUCCUACAUCUUUAAGGGAAAUAAGUACUGGAGGUUUGACGGUGAUCUCCUGGAUGAGGACUAUCCCAGGGACAUUUCAGUCGGCUUUGAUGGCAUACCAGAUGGCGUUGAUGCCACGUUUGCCAUACCAGCACCAAGUCACCGUGGCAAAGAGAAAGCUUACUUUUUCAAAGGGGACAAGUAUUACCAGUAUGAGUUCAAGCACCAGCCUUCCCAUGAGGAGUGCGUCCAGAUGAGCAGGUCCUCCCCGUCGAUGCUGUUCACGCGAUACACGGACCUCUUCUGCGAUCAGACAUGGGAGGAUUUCUUCACAGAGCUCUUUGGAAGCUCCAUCAGCAGUCACCACACAGGCCCUCGCCUCACCAGCAGGGACUGGCAGGGCAUCAGGCACCCUGUAGAUGCGGCCAUGGUGGGACGAGUCUACCUCAGUCCCAAACCCACGGCAUCUUCUCUUCUAGCAGCGAGGAGGCGCAGCAGUCGGAAGAAGAAACUCAGCAAGAAGCGUGCACAGCGAAGAAGGCAGAGCCGCCAAGUGUUGUUUGAUGAUUUGUGGGGUUAUGAUGAUUUGUUUGCCUACAGCGACUACAGCGACAUCUUUGAUGACAGCCCUAUACAGGAGUACAAAAGCACCCCCAUUCAAAAUGUGUAUUUUUUCAAGAGAGAUAAAUACUACCGAGUGGAUCUGCAGACAAAACGUGUGGCCUCUGCCAUCCCUGCUUACCCACGAUCCAUUGCGAAAUACUGGCUUGGCUGCGAACGUGAGGAGACACCUGAUGAAUCAAGGGCAGAGAAGAGAUAGGCCAGCUGACUGAGUCUAUAAGGAGAAAUUCACUCUGUGUUUUAAACACACCUCUUAGUGACAAGUCUUAACGUAAUUACAAUAAUGAACUUAUAAUAGCUUCUGUUAUUUUUGUUGUUUGCAUUUUGUUCAUGAUAAAUACCCCCUCUGAUGUCCCCUCUAUAUUUAGGUGGAUAAGCUGGCAUUCUGCAUGAUUUAAUAAACUUGAGAUUUCA